CCAGUAGCACUUUCUUUACAAAUAAACCUGGACUUUUUAUUGAGAAUGUGGCCUUAAAUGUUUCUAAUUUCCUACUUAGGCUACAUAAAUUGUUGCAACUGAUGCUUUUUUUAUGUUGCCGUUUUACUUUAAAACGGUAGAACCGAGUGGUGAAUCAAAUGAAUCGAAACAGUUCCUUCAUUGAAACUGAAUCAAUACAAUCUUCAACUGUGGCGCCAUUUCAUAAGUUAGCAACAUACAGCAAGCAGGUUGUAAAGUAGCAUGGGGAAGUUAAUGGUACUCUCGGUUUUGGUUGUAGUUGUAGCUGUACUGAUUGGAAAGCGAUUAAUCGCGUUCAGAAAUACAGCAUUGGUUUUUAGAGAAGUCACCCAAAAUCACCUCCCUAAUUGUGAACCGAUAAAAGGAAUAGAGAUUGGAGCUGAAGACAUCACUGUACUUGAAGAUGGUCCGGCCUUUAUAAGCUCUGGAUUGAAGUACCAUGGUAUGCCUCGAUACACAGAUGCGCCUGGAAAGAUCUAUGUGCUAAAUCUGCCCUCUGGAGAUGAUCUUACCGAGCUCCACAUCAAGGGAGACUUUGACACAGCUUCGUUUGGCCCACAUGGAAUCAGUAUCUAUACUGAUGACGAUGGCUCUCGAUAUUUAUUUGUGGUGAAUCAUCCACAUGAAAACAGCCAGGUUGAGAUAUUUCAGUAUAUCGAAGAGGAAAGCACUCUUGUGCACUUGAAGACUAUAAAGCACGAGUUGCUGCAUAAUGUGAACGACAUCGUAGCAGUGGGAGUGGAGAAUUUCUACGCCACUAAUGAUCAUUACUUUACCAACGGGCCGCUGAAGCUUCUGGAAAUGCUGCUCUAUCUGUACUGGUGUGACGUGGUGUAUUACAGUCCUGAAGCAGUUCGUGUUGUGGCAGAAGGUUUUUUUGGUGCAAAUGGCAUCAACAUCUCCCCUGACAAAAAGCACUUGUAUGUGUCAGAUUUAUUGAAUCACAGAAUCGUGGUGCUGAACAUCCAGAAAGACAACAAACUGACCCGGGUGAAGGAAGUUGAUGUAGGCUCCCUCUGUGACAAUAUUGAAGUGGAGAGUAAAACUGGAGACUUGUGGAUGGGAUGUCACCCGAAUGGAGGCAAAAUUCUUGUACAAGAUCCAAAUGAUCCACCAGGCUCAGAGGUCAUUCGUAUUCAGAAGAUCUACUCGGACGAGCCGGUGGUGACGCAGGUGUACUCUGAUAACGGCAGCAUGCUCAUAGCAUCUUCAGUGGCUACUCCGUAUAAAGGGAAACUCCUUAUAGGAAGCGUGUACCAAAAAGCACUGAUCUGUGACCUCGAGUAGAACAUGGACUUCAACAUCUAACACUGCUCUGAAGUCCCUCACAUACAUGCAAGUAGCAAAUGAAAGGGAAAUGCAUUUUAGUAAAAUGUUCAAACACUACAAAGGCUCCAGAAUAACAUCACUGUGCCUUGUUUCUGGAACUGUACUGGAGGGAUAGACACCAAGGUCCAAAAUAUUCUCUCAAUUAGGGUUGAUGAAACAGCAUCUCCUGUGAUUGUUUUCUUCUCUUUGUCACAAGUCUGUAGAUGUUUCCUCUAUAACGAAAAGUGUUCUUACACUAUCAGGGGUAUUUCUAAUCUCUCCUGAAUUCUCUCAGACAAAAUAAAUAAAUUCAGUAUUUGUCAUACCAAUUACUUAUACAUUCAGUAGGCCUGUUGGCUAUAUACUUCAAUAAUUAAAUAAAACCAAUAAUGUUGAAGAACAAUGAUCUGAAGGAGCUAGAAAAGACUACACAGGAAACACUGGUAGGAUUAUAUGGAUAACCACGAAAGCAAUUAUAAAUAGCAAAAUACAAGAGUGUAGCAGCAUAAGAUCAAGUAAUUGGAUAGAAUUAUUAAUGUAUUGUAAUAUUGCAAAUUUAAAAAGCAAUCCAACAUAAAUACAUUGGCUCCAAUUACCUUCUGUCUAGUAUAUAGACCCUGAAUGCACUCUGUGUAGAUAAAUGAAUGAAAAAUUCGAUUUAAGCUAUUCAUAAUUGUGAUAAAUUUAUUAAUUAAAAAUGAGUGAAGUAACAAAUUUUUUUUAUUUAAAAAAAAACUCAAUGUACCAUAAAAAUAAUAAAAUAUAUAGCCAUAACAUGAACACACUGAGAUUUCUAUAUUAGUUUCUAAUGAAUACGUCAUAUAUUUUUCAUUGAAGUAAGUCAAGGUUACUGGAAGACACAACAUAUCGAGUAACAUUGAGCUUAAUUACACUGAUGAGACUUCUUGGACUUCCCUGGAGCAGAGAGAGUUAUGGACCUUACUCAGGAGCCCAAAAGUAGCAGCUCGGCAGUGCUGGGGUUUGAACCCUGAUCCUCCAGGCAACAACCCAGAGCCUUAACCACUUGAUCCACAACAUUGUGGGCAGUUAUACAAUGUUCUUAUGUGAAUUCAAGAAUUUGUCCAAUCCAGUUCCAACAUAUGCAGAUUGUAGCAUCAGAAUAAUAUUACAGAAUAUGGAUUCCAUAUACAGUACUGUUGUCUUUGAUUUGCUUUACAGCUGAUAAUGUGAUUUUCAAAAAUAAUACUGUGAACUUUAUGAGCUUAAUUGUUCCACUAUGUAAUGUUCAAAUAAACAUGACCAUUUGCCUGUU